AAACUGUAGCCCUCCAGAUGGUGCUAGGCAACUCACCGGCUUCCGUAGGAUCCAGGGAGCUGCAUCACCGUCCUCUGCUGCUGCCGAUCUCCACUGCCGAUUGUCGACUUCGCUGCGGCCGAUGGGUUCUAUCAUGCUGCUUACAGUGACCCCGCUAGAAAAUCCAGGCCCACCUUCCCCUGCUCCUCCACCAACUCCCCCAAAGCCUCGUAAAGAUAAUGCAAAACUUCAGAAACUUCUACGAAAAGCUGCAAAGAGAAGUGGAGCACAAUCUUCUCCAACACUGACCACAAAAUCGUUCCGUUCAACUCUUUCUCCUGUCAGUGAAGGUGACUUGGAAAGUCUAGAAUCUGCAGCUCCCCAGAAAAACAAAAAACCUCCACCUAUUAACCUGCCACCACGAUUUCAGUUGAAGGGAGUAACCCAUCGUGCACCUUCUCCUUACCCCAAACAGUUCACCUUUACUGUAAGUGAGCAACAAAGUCUUAGCCAGUAUCUGAGCCCAAGCCCUGUUCCCGAUACACCAUCACCUCGCCCUUUUAGAUGCAGUUCCCCUAAUAUUCAGUUUCUUUAUCCACAAGGAGGUAACACCCCUGAUGGUUUAUCACCAAGAGUUAUUGCCAAUAGCAGUCCAAGACCUUGCACACCACAAGCCAUUGAAAUAUCACCAACACAGCCACUUGUGUCUCAUCUUCACGUCUUACCUUCCCCUGCUAUAGUGAUACACGAGGCAGAUGGAAACAACACAGGAUCUCUUUCCUUAAAUAUAAAUGAGACCAUAAACAAGGCACAUAUUGAUGGAUUUUCCGCACUAACAUGUGAGGAUAUAAAAUUAUCACAGGGUCCUAGUUUUCCCAGAUCUAUACCUGAUCAGCAGGAAUCCUCACACAAACCCACUGGUAGUUCUACUUUAGAAAAUGUACCAAUAAAGCCGGUAUCCACAUCUUCAAAGGUGACCGAUACGAAAAAGAUUGUACACAACGUUUCCAGGGUUGUUGAGAUUCCACAAAUUGUGACAGCAAAUGAUACAAGGACAACAAGUGUGAAUCAGGCCUUAACUACAGUCAACUCAACAGAUAAUCCAGAUGGACAAUCGAAAGUCACAGUUAACACAGUUUCUGUUGAAGUUACCAUUUCUUCAAAAUCCACUGGAGCUUCCCUUGUUACCUCAAGUACAGACCUGCCAGAAAUAGUUUCCAAGACAGAGGAGUCCACCAUCUUGAAACCACCUGAGAAACCUAAGCCACCUAGGAAGAAGCCAGGUGGGGGAUGGGCAAGACUUGUCAAGCACCUUGUGGUUGAGCCAGAAGAGCCAACAUUUCUUGAGCUACAAAAAGCAGAGGACAAAACUGAGAAAUCAGUAGGGGAGAAAAAAGCAGCUACUGAAGGGACUCAACAGAGUAAAACCAAUCGAGCAAACAAGAUGUGGGAUGCUUUACUCUACCAUAUGGGUACAAAAAAUAAGGAGCAGGAGAACCCUGGGUCAACAGCUCCCCCACCACUUCCUUUUUUCCGCUCUCGUUUACCCCUUCUCCUGCACAGGCCCCGGUUUGAUGCCAGAAAGCUAAAAGAAGCUGCAUCUCGGCCCCUGCGUAGAGUGACCGCUUUCUUCCACAGGAGAAUUGCAGAGAAAGAAGCAUCUUCAACGUCAUCAACUUUCAAUAGGACAGCAUCCGGGUGGAGCAUUCGAGGGGAGGAUGUUGAGAAGGAGGAUGAGAAGAAUGCAGUCGCUGGUGAUAUGAAACAGUGAGGGAAGAUCAUCCUUAUGACAACCCUGACACUCUGCAUGCACCAUAUCCUCUACGUAAAUAAUGUUCUACCCAAGUUCUUUUGUAUUCCUGUACUUUUUUAUGUUCUGUUAUAUUGCUGUGUAUUGGUUCCCACAUAAUGCAUACUCAUGUGCAUAGCAACAGUUCACUUUCUCUGGCAUGGUAGGUUCUACUAAAAAUACUAAACACGGGUACGGUACAAAAAGAUAACUGUAAGAAGGUGUGAAAAGUGCACAUCAGUGAGUAGAGGCAACAUCCUGCACUUAAGUUCAUUUUAUAUCUCGCAUGACAGACCAAAUUAGAAAGAAGAAAAAAUGGAGGCCAUGUGCUUGGAGUCUAUAUAGAAAUGAACAGAGAGCAGGUUAGGUAUUUAGUACAAAGGAAGAGGGCCUCCAUGUGCUCCAUCAGGUGAUAUAGUUAUAGAGAUAAAUAAAGCAUUUAUGGAGCAUGUCACAAUGUUUCGGUCAGAUUCAUACACAAUCAGAAAGAAGGAAAUCUCUGUGUGAGAUCGAAGGUAUAUGGCGUACAGUAAAGGCUCUAUGCACCAUAUUGGAAGGCAAAACAGUGCCAUAAUGCGUGCAUGAGGCCUAAGCUCAACAAGUAAACUAUAUUAACUACAAUGGUGCAGCUGGUCCAACUUUAUGAUUUUAUGAAUUCAAAUAUAUAUAAAUAUAUAUGAAUAUGAAUUCAAGAUUUGCAUUCAGAAGGUGACCACAUGUGCAUCAGGCUAUCUUUGUGGUCAUCUCCUUGCAUUUUGUGGUACAACUGCAGUUAAAGGAGUACUCCGCUGCCCCACCAUUCUGAACAUUUUGUUCCAAACAUUUGAAGCGGGCAUCUGGGGUCACGACCACACCCCUGAUGACAUCACAACACGCCCCCUCAAUGUAAGUCUAUGAGAGUGGUGCCACGCCCCCUCCCAUAGACUUGCAUUGGACAUCACGAGGGGCGUGGUCGUGACAUCAUGACC